AUGAGCCUGCAAAAGAUAAUUAUAUGUGAUAAAGUAUUACAUGCCAAGGCUAGAGUUACCAGACAAACUCUUGAAGUUGAUAUGAAGUUGAAGCUUCUAAAUAAGCCAGCGGUCAAGAGUAUUAAGAGUAGCGAUGGAGAUAUCAUCGACUGUGUUGACAUCUAUAAACAGCCUGCUUUUGAUCAUCCAGCAUUGCGGAACCACACAAUCCAGAUGAAACCCAGUUUUAGUAUAGCAUCAGAAACACCAAGCACCAAAGACGAGACUAAAUCUGAGCAAGUUGUGUAUCAAAUUUGGCAAAGAAGCGGAAGUUGUCCCCAAGGAACCAUUCCCAUUCGGAGAAUCCGAAGUGAAGAUUUGUUGAGAGCUGAUUCUCUCGAACGAUACGGCAAAAAGAGCCCAAUAACUUACUACGAAACAAAUACAACUACGGCCCAAGCAAAUGGCCCAAUUUUCAUAAACAACACCAAAGUCGCGCUCGCUCAACAAGUCAACCGCUCUGCGGCUCUACUUGUAACAGUAGGGUACAAUUACAUAGGUGCUCAAGGAGACAUAAAUCUUUGGAACCCGCAUGUUGCAUCACCCGACGAGUACACAACCGCUCAAAUCUGGCUCAAGGCUGGCAUUUCCGACGGCUUUGAAAGCAUUGAAGCAGGCUGGGUGGUAAAUCCAAAGUUAUAUGGUGAUACACAAACACGGCUCUUCAUAUAUUGGACUCUUGAUGCAUACAAAUCAACCGGUUGCUUUGACCUCACCUGCACUGGAUUUGUGCAAACUAAUCCAAAGAUAGCCCUUGGCACUGCCCUUGGACCUAUUUCCAGUGAUGGUGGACCCCAGUACCAAUUCACAGUUAGCAUCAACAUGGAUCCAAACACAAGCAACUGGUGGCUCAAACUCGGCGACGGAGUUGUUGCUGGCUACUGGCCAGGGACUCUCUUCUCCUAUCUGAAACACAGCGCCAUUCUAGUGCAAUGGGGUGGUGAAGUCUAUAGCCCCAACAUGUGGACACAUCCUCACCCCCAGACAGCCAUGGGAAGUGGAGAAUUUGCAUCCUCAUUGCACGGCGGAGCGUGUUAUAUCAAAGGCGUGAGAAUUGUGGAUUAUUCGAUGUCGUUGAAGUACCCGGAAAGGGUAAACACUUGGGCAGACCAAGCCUACUGCUACUCUGCUUACAACUACAUCGAGGGAUACACAGUUGAACCUGUGCUUUAUUUUGGAGGCCCUGGUAGAAAUACUUUGUGCCCAUGA